AUGCCAAUCACCAAUGGUAGCGGCUCCGGAACGACUGAACCGCAUGAGGCGAUUGACAGGCCGCUUGAGCCAUGUAGAGAGUCAGAGAAGACCUCCCGAGCCAACGAUGUCCCUGAAACAACCGAGCAUGUCACUGGAAUCCAGCUCAUCCUCAUAUUAGCUUCCAUGACACUUACUCAAUUUGUGAUGAUGCUCGAUAUGUCUGUAAUCGCUACGGCUAUUCCUCAAAUCACGAAUCACUUCAAUUCUCUUCUUGAUGUCGGAUGGUAUGGAAGUGCGUAUCAACUUGCAUGCGCAUCUUUGCAGCCCUUGACAGGAAAGAUCUAUACAUAUUUCAAUAUCAAGUGGGCUUUCCUUAUAUUCCUCUUUACCUUCGAGCUUGGAUCUCUCCUGUGCGCAGUGGCGAUAUCCUCCAAGAUGUUGAUAAUAGCACGAGCCGUUUCAGGCUUGGGAGCCUCGGGUUUGCUGAAUGGCGGGUUGACCAUCUUCGGGGCAUGUCUGCCAAAAGAACGACAGCCAGCAAUGUUUGGUAUGCUGUUGGCAGUCGGACAACUUGGCCAGGCUUGCGGCCCCCUGAUCGGAGGUGCAUUGACUCAAUAUGUCACAUGGCGGUUAUGCUUCUACAUUAAUCUUCCAAUCGGCGCCAUGGUUGCUGGCAUUCUGAUUUUCAUGCCCAUUACGAAAUCAAAACGACGAACACGGUCGAGGACGAUAAUUGUAUCAUUGGACCUUGUUGGAUUCGCCAUCUUCGCGCCAGCCUCGAUUCAAUUCUUCCUAGCCCUUCAAUACGGAGGCGCACAAUAUGCUUGGGACAGUGCCACCGUCAUCGGCCUUUUCUGCGGAAGUGGCGUGACCUUUGUUAUCUUCCUCCUCUGGGAGUAUCAUAAAGGGGAAGAUGCUAUGAUUCCACUUCCAAUGCUGCGCCGUCGCAUUGUAUGGUCUACGUCCGCGACCAUGCUGUUUGUCACAGGCAUCUUGAUUUGUGGUGCUUACUAUCUUCCCAUCUAUUUCCAGGCGAUCAAAAAUACUUCCCCUGUCAUGAGCGGCGUGUACGUCUUGCCAAAUAUUUGUUCCCAAAUUAUGAUGUCCAUGGUAGCUGGAAUUCUAGUUCCAAAGGUCGGUUACUAUCUACCUUGGAUGUUAGCUGGCACUUCACUCAGCGCAAUCGGUUACGGCCUCCUCUCGAUGCUCACUCCCACGUAUCUGACGGGCGCACGGGUCGGAUACCAAAUCAUAGCGGGCGCUGGUUGCGGAUGUGCAGCCCCAAUGCUUUACAUAACUCUCCAGGCUCUCGUUUCACAGGCCGAAGCCCCAGUCGCCAUGGCAAUUCUCAUCUUCUGCCAAAAUUUCGGGGCAGCCACGUUCCUGACGAUCGCCCAGACAGUCUUCACCAACAGCCUCAGAGACAAGAUUCCGCAAUACGCCCCCGGUGCCAAUGUCGAUGCCGUUCUCGCAAGCGGCGCCACAGCAUUCAGGCACGUCAUCUCACAGGACAAGGUAGCCGGCGUCGUCAAGGCCUACAGCGUCAGCAUUGAUCAUGUCUUCUACCUCGUGUGUGGAGCGUCGCUCGGAGCAUUUUGCUUCAGUUGGGGAAUGGGAUGGAAGGAUCUUAGGCAGAAGCAGGCUCCACGGGAACAAGAAGCAUAGGAUAUCCAGGCUUGACAAGAAAUGCUCCUUGGUGGAUCGACUUGACUGUGUCCGAAAAGAUGCGAUGAAUUAUAUAAGAUCAAGCGUACUGUACUCUAGACCAAUCCCCUCAGCUUUAUUGAUUGAU